CAGUCACGGUGCAGGAGUCCUAUGCCCACCCAUUCAAUCAAAUAUACUACACCAGGUGCACGGACAUCCUCAACUGGUUCAAAUGCACCAAGCACAGGAUCAGCUACAAGACAGCCUAUCGGAGGGGCGUGCGGACAAUGUAUCGCAGACGUACACAAUGUUGCCCUGGUUACUAUGAGAGUGGAGAUCUGUGUGUCCCGCUGUGUACUGCUGAGUGCGCUCACGGCCGGUGUGUGUCUCCUGACACGUGCCAGUGUGAACCGGGUUGGGGAGGAGUAGACUGCUCAAGUGCCUGUGCCAAUGGCCACUGGGGCCCCCACUGCAGUAACCAGUGCCAGUGCCAGAACGCGGCCCUUUGCAACCCCAUCACAGGGGCCUGUGUCUGCUCCGACGGCUUCCAGGGCUGGCGCUGUGAGGACCCCUGCGACCUUGGUUACUAUGGCAGCGGCUGUCAGCAGCCCUGCCAGUGCCUGAAUGGAGCCACGUGCCACCACGAGACGGGAGAGUGCCUGUGCACACCCGGCUACACGGGGGAGUUCUGUGGCGAGGUAUGUCCUGCUGGUAGCCAUGGUGCCCUGUGUGAGCUGCGCUGCCCGUGCCAGAACGGAGGAGUGUGCCACCACAUCACAGGCCUGUGCAGCUGCCCCGCAGGAUGGAUGGGGGCGGUGUGUGCUCAGCCAUGCCCAGCAGGCAGGUUUGGCAUGAACUGCAGUCAGGAGUGCUCAUGCCAGAACGGAGGAGUGUGCGACCAUGUCACAGGCCGAUGUGUGUGCGCCAUGGGCUACAGUGGAGAAAGGUGUCAAGAGGAAUGCCCAGUGGGAACCUAUGGGGCCCUGUGUGCAGAGCAAUGUGACUGCCAGAACGGCGCCAAGUGUGACCACAUCACCGGGUCGUGCCAGUGUGACGCCGGCUUCACGGGUCCCGCGUGCCAGGACAGUCUCUGCCCCCCAGGGAUCUAUGGCCUUGUGUGUGACAAGUACUGUCCAUGUGACACCAACAACACACUCAGUUGCCAUCCCCUCUCAGGUGAGUGCACCUGCAUGUCUGGGUGGGCGGGUCUUUACUGCAACGACACCUGCCCGGCGGGUUACUAUGGCGAUGCAUGCAUGGAGCCCUGCCUUUGUGAAAACAGAGGGGAGUGUGACGGUAUCACUGGAGAGUGUACAUGUGCACCUGGCUUCAUGGGGGAGAACUGCUCUCUGAGCUGUCCUGCAGGCUUCUAUGGGUUAAACUGCUCCUCCAACUGCACCUGUCAGAAUGAAAUCUCCUGUUCUCCCAUCGACGGCUCCUGCCUUUGCAAAGAAGGUUGGCAGGGGGUGGACUGUUCCUUUCCGUGUUCCAGUGGUACAUGGGGCUUCGGUUGCAAUCAGAGCUGCAUGUGUGUAAAUGAGGCCGCAUGCCACCCUGCCAACGGCUCAUGCAUCUGCACAGCUGGAUGGACCGGCGACACGUGUGACACCGUAUGCCCUGAUGGCACCUACGGUUUAGGGUGUGUGGAACACUGUGACUGUCGUCAUGCCAAUGGCUGUGAACCUGUGAGUGGCCGGUGCCGCUGCCUGUCAGGAUGGACUGGUGUGCACUGUGACAGUGUGUGUGUGGAGGGCCGGUGGGGGGCCGACUGCUCCAGGGAGUGCUCCUGUAGGAACGGGGGCACCUGCUCGCCUGAGGACGGCUCCUGCGUCUGCACGCCAGGCUAUCGGGGAAGCUCCUGCAGCCGAACCUGCACCCCGGGUCACUAUGGACACCGCUGCAGCCUGAGCUGCCCUCAGUGUAUCCAUAGUGACGGAGCGUGUCAUCAUAUAACUGGACACUGUGAGUGCCUGCCAGGAUACCAUGGCCCUCUGUGCAAUCAAGUGUGCCCUGCAGGUGGUUAUGGCAAGGACUGUGCGGAGGUGUGCGUUUGUACCAAUAACAGCACCUGCAACUCCAUUGAUGGCUCCUGCCAGUGCAACUCGGGCUGGAUCGGAGAUGACUGCUCUAUAGAGUGUAGUGCUGGGCUAUGGGGGCCUGACUGUAUCCACACGUGUAACUGCCAUAACGGGGCCCAGUGUAGUCCUCAGGACGGCGGGUGCAGAUGCAGCGCAGGAUGGACAGGCCUCUACUGCACACAGCGCUGUUCGUCUGGCUUCUUUGGUUCGGGUUGUGCUGAGGUGUGUCGCUGUCAGAAUGGAGCAGACUGUGACCACAUCAGUGGCCAGUGUUCAUGCCGGACAGGCUUCAUCGGGACCAGUUGUGAACAGAAGUGUCCUCCAGGUACAUUUGGCUAUGGGUGUCAGCAGCUGUGUGAAUGCAUGAAUAACUCCACAUGCGACUACGUGACUGGAACCUGCUACUGCAGCACCGGCUACAAAGGCAUCCGCUGUGACCAAGCUGCCAUCGUGAUGGAGGAGCUGAACCCCUACACCAAGAUGAGCCCAGCGCUGGUGUCCGAGCGCCAGUCUGUGGGUGCCAUCAUGGGCACCGUCUUCCUGCUGCUGAGUGUCGCCGCCCUGCUGACAGUGCUGCUGUGGUACAGGCACAAACGGCAGGACAAGGGCCACGAGAUGCCCAGCGUCCUCUACACGCCCGCCAUGCACGUCUCCACCACGGACUACUCCCUCUCUGGUAAGGAGUGUGUGGGCUUGACAUAUUUGCUUCUGUUAGACUCUUCUCCUAGUGUGAGCUCUAGCUACUGUUUCGCCAACCCAGCCUACCACACUUUGGGCCACUGCAGCCUGUCUGCCUCCCACAAACCCAAGGUACAGUACAAGCCCACCAGGAGAGCGGAGAGGAGCAGCCUGGACUGGAGAACCUACAGCAACCUGAGUGAACUGGGUAUAUACUAUGUGGACCGGCGCUAUAGCUCUGUGUUUGUAGAGCAGUACUACAGAGACUACAUGAAAAGUUCGGUGUCCAGUACGUGUUCGCUCAGCAGUGAGAGUCCAUACGCCACCAUCUCAGAGCCCCCCUGCAAACACUCAGAGAGCAGCUAUGUUGAGAUGAAGUCGCCUGUCCACCAUCACCACCAUCACCAUCAGCCAUGUUGCCACAACAGGGCCGCUGCUGCUGCCGCUGCCGCCGCCGCCGCCGCUGCUGCUAGUGCUGCUAGUGUUGCCACUGUCACUGCCAACAGAAACGUCUACGACAUCGAGCCCACUGUGAGCAUUUUAUCCCCCUCUGGAGGCAUCACGUCAGGAAUAUUCCAGAAUCCGUAUGACAUUCCUCGCAACAGUCACAUCCUGAGUCACUACGACGUCCUGCCCAUGCGCUCCAGUCCCCCCGCACCCCCCGCCAGCCCCUCCAGCUCCCUGCUAUAGAGACCAAAGAGAGACCUGAGACACAUCAUCACUAAAGGUCUCCAACAUCUACGGAGAAGUUCACAGUGAUGUUCUGGUCAGAGGCUUUUUCUUCUCCACAUCCAUGGUUCCAUUGCUCUAUUCCUCAGCUGCAGUGUUUUUUGAUGCUGUGACACUGGAUCUUCAGUAUUGAGUAAAGUAGGAGGGCCUCGACAGUUAUGGUGCUGUUCCUCAAAGAUGAACAUUCAUAUCCUCAAUUGGCACAAUGCGGUGGGCUUUCAUCUGGUCACAGACAACCAUAUGUACCCUUGACCUGACCAGAUACUGGAUAGAUUUGGAUGCCGAUCAUUCUUUAAUAACCAAAGUAAAAAGAAGUUGUAUUGUUCACUUAAAAAGGUUACCAGCAACACUUUUCAAUCAAUAUGAGUUGAUGUAAAAAGACGAUGGAGGAUCACUUCUGUGUUGUAGUGUUGCACUGAACUGCGGUGAAAUACUGUGGAGCACCACUUUGAUAAACACAAAAUGUAUAUUGAUAUAUGCCUGUGGUAUAUUUCAGAGACAGAGACUCAUAUCUUAAAGCCCUACUAUGUUAUCUUCACUGUUCGUCUACAAGAUUUUUCUAUUAUGAAAUUAAUUUGUGUAUUUACACUUUGGAUCCAGGACCUAUUUUUCUUUGAUGAUUUGUCCUGAUUUUGUAUUUAUUCUUUAAAAUUGUACAGUAUUUGUUGUGUCUAUCUAGUCACAUUUUUGGGUAGUGUGUUAGGAAGCAUGUUGAAUUUUGUAAAUAUUACUCUUCAUCACAAAUCUUCUCAUGCCAGUUACUGUAUGUCUAGAUUGAAGUAUGUCCACCAAAUCCCACACGCAGACCAGCAAUAUGAGUGCAGUGUCAGUGAUCUCCAUUCGUUGGUUGGCACGGCAGACAGAAUUAUAUUCUGUGAAAUGGAUAACCUUUUGGUACAGAAGUUAUUUCCACAAUGACAGCUCCAUAAAUACUAUGGAGGGGAACAAAUUUUAUUCAUCUGAAACAAAAUUAUACUUGACUUUUAAAACCAUUGUUGGGUAGUUUAUUCUGGAGGUUUUUUUUAAGAGCUGGUGCAUGCUAGAGGACCAACUCUCUGAAUUAUCCAUCUGUAAAACACUGUGCAAUAUCAACCUGUGAUGUAAAUAC